UUUAACUUUAAAGUUCCUAUUUUAUUUAUAAUUUGCCAAAUAUAAUUCUCUGAUUUUGGCAUAACUUUUUUAGGAAUUUAUUUGGUCUGCAUUAACAAAUUUUUCAUGAUUUUUGCAUUCAUAAUUUAAAUUGUAAUGUUUUCUUCAGCAUGGAUUCGUGCAGUAUGUCUACCACCUCAAGGUCUAGACGUUUCGAAAUUUGCUCCUGAUCAUAAGUCCUACAUAGCUGGCUGGGGCUUCACAGAGAAUGGUACUACCAGUAGCGUCCUGUUGCACUUCUUGCUACCAUACGUUAGUAAAGAGAAUUGCAGUAUUAGCUACAGAGGAAACAUUGUUGAUGAACAGAUUUGCUUUGGAGGUAUCAAAGGAAAGGAUUCUUGUGGAGGAGAUUCUGGUGGCCCUCUAGUGAUGUUAGGUACUACAGGUCCACCCUUCCUGCAGGUUGGUUUGGUGUCCUAUGGUCCCGUAAACUGUCGUCAGAAAGAUGUACCUGGUGUUUAUACUUCUGUUUCUCACUACAGGAAUUGGAUUGAAAUGAAUAUGAGACCGUAAUUUGUACUAAGAAUACAUAAUUCAAGAGUACACAAAAUCUUAGAAUAGGCCUAUAAGAAAACUUAUAUAAAAAUUUUCAUGUAAUUUGGAUUAAACAAAUAAUUACUUCGUAACCAAUAGCUGCUGGUUAAUUAAGAUAAAAGAUUGAGAUGAAUGGAUAGAUGGAUAGUCAGUGCUGUGUACUCAUGAAUGGAUGAAUAUAAACCAAUCCUUAGGUUUGAUUACUUACGAAAUUGUUACAAAUUGUGAUAUAAUGUUUUUAUGGCAAUUUCUUAAACAUUGCUCUGAACAGAAAUACAUAAGUGUGCACUACCUUGAAGAUAUAUAUAUAUAU